GAAUAUCUCAUAUUAAUUACUCAACUUGAGCAUCAGUUUUGUUCAUCCCCGUCGUUUACUCUUCAGAAAUUCUGGUUUUACGUACAUCCAACACUCCACACAAUGUCGAAUUUGCAUUCACUGAUAAUGGAGAUUCGAAAUGUAACGCGAAAUGCGAUGGAUGAGGAUACUGAAAUGUUAAUCGAUGGUUUUCAUCGGAAUAAUAAUAUACCCCAACAAGUUAAAGGCGGUGGUUUAUUGAGUAUCUUGAUUGAUCGAAUGACUAAUAUGAGCGGAGAUUUAGCAACUAAAAAGCUUUACAUGUACCUACUUUCCAAAUCGUCACAACCGUACGUCACAAUGCUGCAUUCUUGGAUACAUAAUGGUGAGAUCCAUGACCCAUAUGAGGAGUUUAUGGUACAGGAACGGAAAGGUGUCAGGAAGGAAGAUCUUAAAGAGGAUUUCAAUGACGCGUAUUGGGAAAUGCGAUAUACUAUUAAAGAAGAUGUUGUCCCACCAUUUUUAAUCCCGUUUAGAAAUAAAAUAUUAUUAGCUGGAAAAUACCUUAACGUUAUCCGGGAAUGUGGAAUUGCAAUACAGGAACCACAGCAACAAACAAUGGAUGAUGUUGUUGGUAAAGAUAAUGUAGAUAAGACGGAUGUUAAUGUCAGUAAUGAUAUUUUGGCGGCUAUGGAUGGCGGAAGGUUA